AUGCUCGGACAAGCCGUUCGACGAUUCGCCACUUCUGCGGUCCGCUCCAGUCACUAUGCGGAGGGACCAGGAAAGAACUUGCCAUUCUCUGUAGAGAACAAGUGGAGGCUUCUUGGCAUGAUGGUGCUGUUCUUUGGCAGUGGAUUUGCCUUUCCAUUCAUUGUUGUCAGGCAUCAGAUCCUGAAGAAGUGAUGCUCCUACCAGUCACACAUUGUCAGUAUGAUUCUUGUGCAACGCAGCUCUCAGUUUUUUCUGGUGAAGAUCCUGUAAUGUUUGUUGUAAAUAAAAGGACCAAAUA